AACGGGUUUUUUUUGGGUAUUUUAGGACUUAAUAUUUUUUUUAAAAUGGAGGGUCUAGAUAGGCUUAAAACAAUGAUUUUAAACGUCCUUAAUACGGGGGAUAUUGAGGAUACUCUUAUGCUUCGUUUAAACGGCGAAAAAGAAGCAAUUGACCAGCAAAAAAUUCAAGCAUGCCUAAAUUCUCUUAUGACCAGAGAGAUGGUUACAUAUGAGAUUAUUGAAAAAGAAUGUUUUUUUUUGACAGAAGAGGCAAAAGAUAUUGUCUUGAAUGGAAGUUAUGAAGCAAGAAUUUUUAAUUUAAUUUGUUCAUCAAUCAAUGGAUUAACACUUAAGGAGCUUCAGUCUAAGAUAGGACCGUCAGUAGAACAUGGAUUGAAACAAGUUUUUAAAAACAAAUGGGUUAGAAAAAUUGGAGAUAAUCUUGUUAAAAAUGUUGAUUUUAUUGUCGAUGAAGUUGCUCAUAAUUUAAAAAUAAUACAAGAAAAUGGAACGCAUUCUGAUUCUAAUGUUAUUAUAGAACUUCGAAAACGUAAACUUUUAGGAAAAAAUAAACAAAUAUCAUUUUCAGUAAAAAAAGGACCUAAAUUUUCACUUUCUAUUAAAGAACAAAUAACAGAUCUUACUGUAGCAAUUCUGCAAUCAAAAUUGUAUGAGUCUAUGGAAUUUAAACCAUAUAAUUUUGAUGCUAAAGGUUCUAAUAUUCCAUCUGGAUCAUUGCAUCCACUUUUAAAAAUGAGGGAAGAAUUUAGAUUAAUAUUUCUUGAAUUAGGAUUUGAAGAAAUGCCAACUAAUAAAUUUGUUGAAUCAUGUUUUUGGAAUUUUGAUUCACUUUUUGUACCUCAACAACAUCCUGCUCGGGAUUUACAAGAUACAUUUUAUAUCAAAACACCUAGUUUAUCCAAACCUAUUCAGGAAAAACAAUAUGUUGAAGCUGUUCGUCAUGUACAUGAAAAGGGCGAUUUUGGAUCUAUUGGUUAUCGAUAUCCUUGGUCUUUAGAAGAAUCCAGAAGGCUUGUAUUACGUACUCAUACAACUUCUAUAUCUGCAGCUAUGCUUUAUAAACUAGCAAAUCAAGAAGGAGGAUUUAGACCUGCAAAAUAUUUCUCAAUAGAUCGUGUUUUUCGAAAUGAAACGGUUGAUUCAACACAUUUGGCUGAAUUUCAUCAAGUGGAGGGUGUUAUUGCUGAUUAUAAUUUAACUCUUGGUGAUCUUAUUGGUUUUAUGGAUAUAUUUUAUAGUAAAAUGGGUGUAAAAAACUUAAAGUUUAAACCUACAUAUAAUCCUUAUACAGAACCAUCUCUUGAAAUAUAUUCAUACCAUGAAGGUCUAAAACGCUGGGUUGAAAUUGGAAAUAGUGGAUUGUUUCGACCAGAGGAAAUUCUAUAUAAAAAAAUAGUUUAUAACUAACUUUUUUUUAGAUGUUAGAACCUAUGGGACUUCCAAAAGAUGUUAGAGUUUAUGGUUGGGGUCUUAGUUUGGAACGACCAACUAUGAUUAAGUAUAAACUUAACAAUAUUAGAGAUCUUCUUGGCCAUAAAGUUGAUUUAGAUAAGAUUCAAGCGAGUCCUGCAGUAAGAUUAAGUCAAGGAAUUAUUUAAAUAUAACGAGAUUAAUAACUUGGUGUCAAUAUAAUUAAAUUUU